GAAGACAGUGUCCUUCAGCAGCAGUCUGUCAGAGAAAAAGAUCAGCAGUGCUUCUGAUUGCAUCCACUCGAUGGUUGAGGGCAGCGAGCUGAAGAAAAUCCGACCCAACUCCCGUGUUUAUCAGCGAUACUAUCUCCUUGAUGCCGGCCUCCAGGCUCUAUGCUGGGAGCCAUCCAAGAAGGAGUCAGACAAAGCUCGGAUCUCUCUCUCCUCUAUACGUGAGGUACGGACAGGUCGUAACACGGAGACCUUCCGCACCAGUGGAGUUUAUGACCAGAUUUCAGAGGACUGUGCAUUCUCCAUCAUCUAUGGAGACAUUUAUGAAAGCUUGGACCUGGUUGCCAACUCUGCAGAGGUGGCUAACAUUUGGGUUAUUGGCCUGAGGUAUCUGAUGCAGUAUGGGAAACAUACCCUCGACAUGCUUGCUAGCAGUCAGAACAGUCUUCGUCUUGGCUGGCUGGAGCAGUUGUUCUCCUCUGCUGCUAACCAGGACACACGGAGAGACAUGACAGAAGGGAUUCAUUUGGAAUUAGCUAUAAAGCUAAUACAAGGCGUGAACCCCGGGGUGAACAGUGGCAAAGUGGAGCACAGGUUUAAGGAGCUUCAAAGACUCAGAGAGAGGAUGUGCGAGCUUACGAUAGAUAACGGAUCUGGACUUGAAGACUACAGCGAAAACAAAAAGCUAACGGCAAGAAAUGAGCGGGUCACCAAGCAGGAGUUCGUUGAGGUCUUCCACGACUUUUGCACACGUCCUGAGAUCUAUUUCCUCCUGGUGCAGUUCUCCAGUAACAAAGAGUUCCUGGACACCAAAGACCUGAUGAGGUUCAUUGAGGCUGAGCAGGGCAUGGCUCAAGUGAGUGAGGAAACCAGCAUGAAACUCAUCCAGGCUCAUGAGCCAUCGGAGAAGGGGCGGGAGCAGGGAUACCUGUCGUUGGACGGCUUCACCAGCUACCUCACUUCGGCGGAGUGCCACCUCUUUGACCAAGAGCAUAGCAUCAUAUGCCAGGACAUGACUCAGCCUUUGUCUCACUAUUAUAUCAACUCGUCCCACAACACCUACCUCAUCGAAGACCAGUUUCGAGGCCCCUCGGAUAUCUCCGGCUACAUUCGUGCCCUCAAAAUGGGCUGCCGGUGCGUGGAGUUAGAUGUUUGGGAUGGUGCAGAUGAGGAGCCGCUAGUGUGUACUGGCCACAGCCUCUCCCCGCCGCUGUUGCUGCACUGUGUGUUAGAAGCAAUCGGAAGGUUUGCCUUCGCAGCAUCGGAGUACCCGUUAAUUCUGUGUGUUGAAAACCACUGUUCGCUUCGACAGCAGAAAGUGAUGUGGCAGCAUCUCAUGAGGAUUUUAGGGGAGAGGCUGUACACAGAUCCUCCAGAUGAAGAGGCUUCAUACCUCCCAUCCCCGCAUGCCCUAAGACAUCGAAUACUAUUAAAGGGUAAAAAGCUAGUGCCGAGUUCUGAUGGGGAAGAUGGAGAGGUAAGUGAGGAGGAUGAAGGAGCAGAGAUGUGCCAGAAGAUAAAGGCAGUUAAUAGUGGAGGGGCAGCACCUGGAGGAAGUGAGAAGGACACUGUGCAGAAAAUCGUUAUCACGUCUAGUCCUUCGAGCGUUCCCCCCAAACGUUUCCAACUGUUGAAGGAGCUCUCGGACUUAGUAAAUCUUUGCCAGUCUGUCACCUUUAUUGACUUCCCAACCUCGUCCAAAAGCCAAAAACCUUGGGAGGUCUGCUCUUUUCACGAGUCUUUAGCAGUGCGUCUUGCUAGCGAGAACCCCGGGGACUUUGUCAACCACAACAAGCACUUCUUGUCACGGGUGUACCCCAACCCUAUGCGUAUUGACUCGAGCAACAUGAACCCCCAGGACCUGUGGAAGUGCGGUUGCCAGAUAGUGUCAAUGAAUUUUCAGACAGCAGGACUGAUGAUGGACCUAAACACAGCCUGGUUCCGGCAGAAUGGGAACUGCGGUUACGUUCUGCGUCCGGCCAUCAUGCGGCAGGAGGUGUCUUACUUCAGCGCUGACACCAGAGACACGGUGCCUGGUGUGUCUCCGCAGCUGCUCCACGUGAAGGUCAUUAGCGGCCAGAAUCUGCCAAAGCCCAAAGGUUCUGGGGCUAAAGGGGACGUCGUGGACCCAUAUGUAUAUGUGGAGAUCCAUGGCAUCCCAGCCGACUGCACAGAGCGCCGCACUAGGACUGUGAGCCAGAAUGGAGACAACCCAAUCUUCGAUGAGAGCUUUGAGUUCCAGAUCAACCUGCCUGAGCUUGCUAUGGUUCGCUUUGUGGUGCUGGAUGAUGACUUUAUUGGGGAUGAAUUCAUAGGUCAGUAUACCAUACCCCUGGAGUGCCUCCAGCCUGGUUACCGACAUGUACCCCUGCAGUCUCUGACAGGAGAGGAACUCCCACACGCCAAGCUGUUCGUGCACGUGGCCCUUACCAAUCGCAGAGGUGGAGGAAAACCUCACAAAAGGGGUCUGUCAGUACGCAAGGCCCGAAAGGGGAGGGACUAUACAGCUCUGAGGGACUUGGGAAUUCGAGCAGUGGAUGAAGUUUUCAAAAUGGCUGCUCCUCUGCUGAGAGAAGCCACCGAUCUGAGGGGAAACAUGCAGAUGGUCCAGGCGAGCAGAGCGGUGAUGGAGCUCUCAGAUGGAAUCCACGACAAAAUCCUGCAUAUACAGACAACAGCCAUGGAGUUUCACGAAAAACUGCAAAGCCUGGGUACGAAAGAGGGGCUGAAAGGUUCCAAGGUCAGCCGAGCAGUUGAGCGUUUCAGCUGGAACAUCACCAUCCUUAAGGGCCAGGCUGACCUGCUGAAACACGCCAAGGCUGAAGUCCUGGAGAACAUGAAGCAGGUCCAUGAUGCUGCUCUGGCUGGAAACCUCACCAAGGAGAGAGCCGGAUUAAGACGGGCAAGCUCCCAAACACGCAGAGGCCCCAAUGAAAAACUUGCAAUGAGUACUAGAGGACAGUCGGCAUAGCAAGUAGAAAAAAAGAGGGCACCUAGCUGCUGUGAAAAACUCUUUUCACUUUUGUGUGUGUCUGUGUGUGCGCGUGUGUUACACUGUCUUAGUCCCCCAGAGUGGGCAAGCUAUCAAAGUGUUUUGUAGGCAUUACAGAGAGUAACAGGAGAACUGAUGAAUGCAAGUCUUCAAAACGCAGCCACUGUAAGCUCACCUGUUACUGAACCCUCGAGCCAGAGAAGGCGGCGCACAGCCAAGGGAAGACUAAUGAAAAGCGAAGCUGCCGAGAUGAAUGUAGUUACUGAAGCCAAGGUUGAGCGGUUUGUACUGUAUUAAACUGUAAAUAAGCCAAAUGUUUAAUGUUCACUUGUUAUGUGCAAUGUUUUCUGAGGUCAGGGGAUGAUUGAAACCAGAAGACAAAAAACCUUUUUGAAAAAAUGAUGGUGACUUUUACUCCACAGUGAUUAAAUUCAGAUUGGUGUGUAAGACAGCUUGCGUGUGAGUUAAAAGAAACAGUUUGUCAAAGAAUGUGUGGAUGUUUGAGGUCUUCUGUCGUUACUUGUGGACCAACGCAGUCUCUUUAUGUCUCUCUAGAUUUUGAUUACCUGUCUUUUGGUCCCCAGUCGCUGCUCUUCACUCAACUUUGAUUCAAUUAACUUGAGGUCCUUUGUCUUACUAAAAAUCCACCACUUUGCCAUCUUACUACGGUCUUACAUACAGUAUUCUAUAUUUUUGUAUUUACAUUAAAAAAAAGGCGUGUGCUAAUGAACCCAGUGUUACCUACCAAAACGAUCAAUUCCAGAAGUGUAAAUAUGUGGUUAGAGGGAACUAAUACUGUUAUGUUUGUGUUUUAAAACGCUGUACAGUAUUUUAUUAAGUAAUUCUAUCCUUUUACUGCAAAGAAUAUUUUACAUAAGUUAUUGAUCCUGAAUGAAAACAUUCCAGAUACAUAUUAUUGGUGUGGAUAAAUGAGGCUCGAGCAGUUCUGUAAAAGGUCAGUUCACGAUUCCCUUCCUCAGCAGCCAGGAUGAAAAUAAACUAGUUUUUAAAUGA